UCUAGAGGCACUUAACAAGAAGAAUCGUCUUCUUGUAGCUCCUAGCUUUCAAGCGCUUUCAUUUAUUUAUUUGUGGAGAAAUUGCUAAUAUCCACAGACGACCAUAUAGCAUCCUCAUCAGCAACAAUAGUAACAGCAACACCACUAUAUCAACGAGUUUGAACUCAGUUUGUUUUUCAUCUAAAAAAGGAAGGAAUGAUAAUCAAUUUCAUACAUACAAUGUGUUCGUAUCCUACGGAGACAUAUUGAGGAGGGGUCACUCGGUUGAGAAUACAAUUGACACUUGUGUGAUAAUUGUUGCGACUUUUCCAAUAGUUACAAAACGCUUUUCGAGUGUAAAUCAAUGUGUACACUAGUAUCACUUUCAACCUAUCGAGGUUUCGAGGUUUAGAAAUAUAUUAGAAUAAAAUGAUGCGUUUACCGUACCCACCGCCCAUGGGCAUGGGAAGUCAGCGAAAUAUGACCAAUAUGUCGUCGUGUGGUUAUCGUCCAGCCGACUGCGACUACGUUCACGACUUCUAUAUUGUCGCCUUACCCUUACUCGUCAUCAUCAUCGUGAUCGGGUUCGUGACCAAUCUCCUUGUUCUUUACAUCAUAGUGGCUUAUAAGACAAUGAGAACUGUUCCCAACUGCUAUGCGGCCAAUAUCUGCAUCACGGACAUCAUCUUCCUCAUCAUGGCAUCAAUAACCGACGUCGCUGAAUACGCUCGUGGUGUCUCAGGGAUGGCAAAGUCCGUGAUACCACGUUCAGUGAGCGUCUACUUCCAUCUGGUGCUAACCAAUGCAACAUGUGCGAUGCUUUGUGCCUUAGCCUUUGAUCGAUAUCUAGCUAUCGUUCAUCCAUUUAGGUUUAAACGAUUCCGGACCGUCAAGUUUGCUUUCAUCAUCGGAGUCGUAGCGUGGUUCGUAUCUUUUGCAGUCUGUACUCCAAUAUACGCUGGUGAAUUGACCGAAUCCACCUACGAAGCUUUCACCUUCCAUGAUUUCGUUCUCGCCAUCAUCAUCUCCUGUAUUUUCUCCUACGUCCUGCCACUGAUGGUCAUUGCUUGUUGCUAUGUUACCAUUCUAUGCAGUCUCUUCAGUAAGGCCUCCUCCCUACGCGGCUCCUCCUCCUCCUCAAACGGCCUGGAGUCGCGCAUGCUCAAACGUAACCUCGCGGUGCUCAAAUCCAUCCUCAUCAUCGCCCUUGUCUUCGCGCUCAACUAUGGAGUCUUUUACGCAGUAUAUCUCUGGCUAAGCCUUUGCGCGCCGCAGAAUUUCCGCAAGGUAUUCACGGCAUCUCACGUCGCCUCUCUCCUGGAGUGUGUUGGUCUGUGUUUAAACCCGAUCAUCUACGGCUUAAUGCAACCAAACUUUCGACCAUACUUGAAGGACAUACGUGAUAGGAUCAAAGAGAGGCGUGGCCGAUGCUGCCAAAGGGGGCGUGCCUUCAAAGAGGUUAACUCCAAUGCGAUCACCAUGGGCACGAAAGAAACAAGCCUCACAGAAUCAAAGAAGGACCAUUUAGAAACUGUAUCUAAGAUUCAAUGACUAAUAUUACUAAUGUUUCUUAGAUGUACAGGGAAUGUUUAUUUGAUUUACAAAAUAAUAAAAUUCUCCAUUUACUCUUGAAAUUUUGAAGAUCUUUAAAACAAAAUAGUUUCUAACGUCAAUAGUUAAAAGAAAUCCUUUAGUGAUAUUUACAAAAUCUUACGAAUACUUUGAAAAACGCAAGCCAAAACAUUAGGUGCAAAAUCUUCUUAUAAUUAACAAAGUUCAAUAGUUAUUUCAAGCAAAUUCUAUAUCGAAUUAACAACAUUAACUUCAAUGCAAAGCCUAACAUAUAUAGGCCUACUAGGUAUUGUGAUGCAGCAUAAACACAAAAACGAAUAUCAACAGAGUAGUGGGAUAUAUUGUCAACUUUUGAAGUAAAAACAUUUCGCAAAGUGGUUACUUCAAAAAUACGUUUGGUAGAUUUCCAUAGUCUUGCAAAUAUUCCAUUAAAAUAUAAAAAUUGGUUACUGCGCUUCCUGGUCGUUCUAGUGUUUUACAUGCGAUAGGAUAUCUUAUCAUUUCCUCUUAUUAUAAUGAUGUAAAAUGAGACAAUAUACAUCAAAAGUUACGAAAUGGGUUUAUUUAUAUGGCUUAUUAUUGAUAUAAACAACCUAUCAGACGUUUUGGCAUUCAGAAGUUCUUAUCAAGUAAUAAAAAUGAUAAUAAUAAUAAUCAUAAUAACGACAAUUUCUAUGUGAAUUCAUUCUGUGUUGUUUUCGUAUCUAUGUAUAAACGCAAUGUGUACACACACGAGUGUAUACAAGAGUGUUUCAAAAUAUAAAGAAGAAGAAAAAAGAUAAGCAAUUCCCAAUUUGUGUUUAUCUCUCGGAUCACUUACUUUCAAGUACUGCGGAAAUCAAAACCACCAAUUAAGCGGUCGUUGUGAAAGUAAACAACUAAUUAUGGAUCUUGUGACUGAAAGAUACUCCUUUAAAUUUGAAAGCACGUGUUGAUAAAUUAUUCCGAAAGGUUAUUGGACUGAUGAAGAUAAAUUGGGGGAACGUAUCUGCUGAUAAAUGAAUCCAAACGUAGCAAAACUGAACGCCGUUGUUAUAUUAAGACUUGAAAAAUCUGAAAUAUCCCAAAUAAACAGAUAGAUCACUGGCCUAUCGGUCAUAAUCCCUAAAGCUAUAAUUUAUUGCACACUUUGCAGUUAAUUUUU